UGUUGGUGUUACUCGGACCUGUUUUUAACGCACAACAGUCCGUCUCGAUUAUUCUUCCGUCUCAAGAUGGCGGAGUAUGUUAACGUCGUCCGAAGGGCUUUGGGACAAAUAGGAGGUCACGGAGGAAUCCGAGGGCUUUUAACUCAGUUCUUCAGGGCGAAUGAUGUGAAGACAGGAGCCCUGGUUGGUGUGGAUAAAUAUGGAAACAAAUACUUUGAGGACAACAAGCACUACUUCUUUGGACGUCAUCGCUGGGUGAUCUACACCACAGAGAUGAACGGAAAGAACACCAUGUGGGAGGUGGACGGCAGCAUGGUUCCAGCUGAAUGGCAUCGCUGGCUGCACUGUAUGACAGACAACCCCCCCACCACACAUCCACCAGAGCCCAAGAAGUUCCUGGCCGAGGUCCACCAGUUCAACGUUAGCGGCAGCUCACAGCAGUACGUGCCCUUCUCCACCACCACCAAGAAGAUCCACGAGUGGGUUCCACCCAAAGCCGGAGCUCCGUGAACUCUGACUGCAUUAUUUGUAAAUUAUAAUAUCCUGCCGCUGUAGCCAACGUGUCCUAAAUAAAAUCUAUAUACAGAUA